AUGCUCAUCACCGAGGCUAACCCAGUCCUUGAUUCCAAUCAUGAAUGGACAAACGUUUUCCAGAUAUUUAAGGAAAGUGAGGAAGAUGCACAAAUAAAACUCAUUCUGGAGGAGGGAAAAAAGGAUAUAAUACAGGAAACAGAGGAAAACGUUACCAGAACAUACUCUCAGAGUUUAAGAAAGACAAGAGAGCCUGCGACCACACCACCGCCUGGCCCGGAGGACCCCGCCCUCCGUCACCGCCGCCGACACUGCCCACGCCGAUGCCCCUACCCGCUCCGGGCCCCUGGCGAACCCACCGCUUUUCCCCUCCUCCCCGCGCCCGCGCUGCCUGCCCUGGGCCUGCUGUUGCAGGACGACAAGGCCCUGGAGCACUUUGACCGCUACUUCCUGCGCCAGUCGCAGGAGAAAAGGGAGCAUGCCCAGGAGCUGAUGAGGCUGCAGAACCUGUGCGGUGGCCGCAUCUACCUUUAUGACAUCAGGAAGCCAGAGGGCCAAGGCUGGGAGAGCGGGCUCAAGGCCAUGGAGUGCGCCUUCCACCUGGAGAAGAGCAUCAACCAGAGCCUCCUGGAGCUGCACCAGCUGGCCAAGGAGAACGGCGACCCCCAGCUCUGCGACUUCCUGGAGAACCACCUCCUGAACCAGCAGGCCAAGACCAUCAAAGAGCUGGGUGGCUACCUGAGCAACCUGCGCGAGAUGGGGGCCCCGGAAGCAGGCCUGGCAGAGUACCUCUUUGACAAGCUCACCCUGGGCGGCAGCCAGAAACACACCUGAGCCCAGACAGGCCCCGCAGCCACGGGGUGCCUUCCCCUGCUCGCGCCACCAGGCGGGGCGUCCAUGUUGCCGUUUCAGAACAUUCUCUUCAUUUUUCUCCUCUCAGUUUGACCGUUGUUAGCAAUAAAGUUACCUGUUCUCAAAGCAAUAAAGGUGUCCAGCUGAUGUGUGUCUGCAGCACUCUCACCUUUUCGGAAUCAGGGCACAUCCCCAUGCAGG